UCAAUCUGGCAACCCAGUCCGCAAUGAAUUAGGGGAUAGGCUUUUGCAUUCGAGGAGGAUUUGGAGGCAACAGUAACUUUUUAUUAAAUUCGCCAUUUGUGGUUCAUUCCCACCUCUGUGGUCUAUUUUUCUCAGGGCAUCCAUGCUGUGCCUGACUGCAGGACGACUGGGGACGCUGCUGUCCAGAAGGGCAGUGGCAGUUCUCGGAACCACUACUGCCAGGAUGUGUAGCCAUGGCCAUGUGUCACAGCAGGCUGACAUGUCUCUGCCCAUGUACUGGGAUCGUCGGGAUAUCCCACUACCAGACAGACCUUACAAUGAUAGCCUUACUGCGACUGAGAAGAGUCUGAAACAGAAGGAGAAAGGACCGUGGAACAUCCUUUCGAACGAGGAGAAACUUGCCUUGUACAGGAUUAUGUUUAAAGACACGUAUGCAGAGAUGAAGAAACCUUCCAGUGAGUGGAAGACUGUUCUAGGGGGACUCUUCUUCUUCAUUGGUUUGACUGGCCUGGUGGUGCUCUGGCAGCGCAUCUAUGUGUAUCCUCAUCCUCCUCAUACGUUUGAUGAAGAGUGGGAGGCUAAGCAGGUGAAGAGGAUGUUGGACAUGCGUGUGAAUCCAGUGCAGGGCUUCUCCGCUAAGUGGGACUAUGAGAAGGGCCAGUGGAAAUAAAUUCAGAGCUGGUAGUUGGAACAGUCUCACCUGUUAAAAGUAUGGUGUCUGUCACCAACCAUCCAUGAAAAGACUAAUCACAAUGAAGCAAUUAAAAAAAAAAAAUUUGAUUAAUUCUUUAAGUGAGUGGAAAUGAUGGCACGAGCCCAUUUUUCUGUCAGUAACUGAGGGUGUGCAAUAAACUGUUUAGUAUGGAAUAAA